AUGAGCAACAAAGGCCACGAGCCUCCUCCAUACGGUGGUGCUCCUCCACCCGUGGCACCGAAGCCUUCAUACGGCGGUGGUCAGCCAGCGCCUUUCCCAGAUGACCAGCAGCGCGGCUAUCAGCAGCCAUAUCAUCAGCAGCAGCAGCCAUACUACCAACCUGGUCCUCAGAUGGGCUAUUACAAUCAACAACAAGGACCGUACCCCCCAGCGCAAUAUGGACCUCCCCAGGGCCAAUUCCAGCCCGGCGGUUACCAACCAUAUCAGACCUAUCAGCCUCAACAAAGACAAGACAAAUCCGCUGGCAUCAUGACCGGUUUAUUGGCCGGCCUGGCAUGCUGCUGCUGCUUAGACUGCCUUUUCUAA